AUGUUGGAGUUUUAUCCCAAUUUGAAUUUGAAUCCUGCCAUGUUGCCGGAGAGGAACGGGCAGGAUUGCAACGGACGAACAGAUAACGGAUUGAUCAAAUGCGAGAAAGCUUGGUGUGACAAUAACAAUCUUCAUAAUCCUCUAGAUAGUAGCCUAAUAAAAUGCGAGAAAACUUAUGAAAUAUGCGAGGGUUGCGGGCAAAAGAUCCACGACAGGUACCUGAUGAGGGUGGGAGAUUCCAGCUGGCACGAGCACUGUUUGUGCUGCUCCAUUUGCGGAGUCCUGCUGUCGCAUUCCUGCUAUACCAGAAACACCAAAUUGUAUUGCAAGGCCGACUACGAUAGCCCCACAAACAUACUACUUUCAGACUCAGGAAUACCGCCUCUAUCCGUCCGAAGAAUGAACCUCACAACCAAAUUCGUAGCUAAAGCCAUGGCAUACAAAGAGGCCACGGGAGCUUCCAUCCUAAAGUUGUUCACCAGCUGGGCCAGAGACCCCACGUUCUGGAACACAAGAAACUCCCCAAUAAUCAUAUCAGCAUUUCAAAACAUUUCACACCAUCUACCCCACAUGCACUGUUCCUCCAAAUUCCCCUGUCACAACUACCCCCUCGAAUCGCAAAUUAAUCACGUUCAGGUCGUAAACCUCGAUCUGAACAAGGAAAACAGGAACAACAACAAUACCUUCUUGGAUAAAAUCAACACCCACUUCGAGGAAUUCACAACUAUAUUUACCGAUGGAUCUAAAAAGAAAGACAAUGUCGGCUUCGGAAUAUAUUCCCCUGGUCUUCUAUCUAUCAGCGAUCGACUCCCAAAAACCUUCUCGAUCUUCUCAGCAGAGCUACGCGCCAUAUCCGUUGCUAUGGAAAAAAUCGUCGAACUGAACCUGAACAAAGUGCUCAUCCUCUGA